UCGUCGUUCGGUCGCGUCGCAAUUCGCAGUUAAUUUAUAAUUCGUAAAUUUUAUGGAGUUAUAGUGUUAAUUCUGCCAAAAUACGUAAAGGGUAUCCUAGCUUGUCAAAGCACAUUUAAAUAAUUAUGAAUAAAUAACAGGAAAUUUGCAAUUUAACCAAGAUGGAAGACGAUGAAGUUAAAGUUGGCGACAACGGCGAUGUCUUCGUCCAUCGUUUGAAAGAACUAACAGACGAAGAGAAACAACGUCUUGAGGCUCAAAACUCACGUCUGAUCCCUGAAGCCAAAGCAGCGAGGUUAGAAAAAGAAGCAAAGCGUCAUUGGGAUAUAUUUUAUAAACGCAAUGAGACAAAGUUUUUCAGAGACCGGCAUUGGACAACACGUGAGUUUCAAGAGCUUAUCAAUUUUGAUCCGGAACAGACAAUUGUGUUCCUUGAACUGGGUUGUGGCGUGGGCAACAUGGUAUUUCCUUUAGUUGAAGAGGGAUUUUCGAAUUUUUACUUCUACGCGUGUGAUUUUUCGCCACGUGCCGUUGAGUUUGUAAAGUCGAACAAGCUGUAUAAUGAAGCUAAAAUGAAAGCUUUUGUGGCUGACUUGACAACUGACGACUUGUUCGAGAACGUUCCAGAAGGCAGCGUGGAUUUAGCUAGUCUUAUAUUUGUGUUGUCUGCUAUCCAUCCGGCCUCGUGGUCGAAAGUCGCGAACGUAGCGUUUCGCGCCCUCCGGCCGGGCGGCGUGUUACUAUUUAGAGACUAUGGACGAUAUGAUAUGGCUCAACUGAGGUUCAAACCUGGUCACAAAAUUGCUGACAAUUUCUACAUGAGACAAGAUGGUACUAGGAGUUACUAUUUCACCGAGGAAGAACUUGCCAACUUAUUCAUGGAAACUGGCUUCGAGAUCAUGUCUAACACUUAUGUCCAGAGACGCACAGUCAACUUCAAGGAAGGCAUUGAUGUACCUCGCAUCUUUGUACAGGGGAAAUAUAGAAAACCUGCCGAAGGCUAACUAGAGAAUUGGAGAAAACGGUCACGGCAUCAAACAUACAAUACAAGAGAUUGAUUGAAAUUUUGAUUGAUCCAGAAGCUUCCAAUGGUAACAAAAGUGCAGUGAACUUGGAAUUACCUAAUUGAUGGUAUGGAAUAUGGGAGUGAAGUGAAGUUCAAGACACUACCCAUGCAGAUUAUAUUCUUGAUGUAAUGAAACAGACAGUGGUUUGGAAUCGCCACAUAGAAGUAUGAAGAAUAUUGGAGUUACCUGGAUAAUUCUUCAGUCUUCUCAAAAACAUGAGUUUCUAAAACUGGCAGGAUACCACGUGAAAUCCAGUUUUGUGAAAAAGUAAUAUGCAAGAGGAUUGAAACAAGAUGGACAAGGGAAACUGCAGUUAUAAAGGGACUGGUCAAACAGGCUUUACGAGAGGGAUUGUGAUAUUGCAGG